CUCAGCGCUUCACCUCAAAAACUCUGACUCGCUUUGAGACUGCGAAACAACCAGAGCUUUAAAUAUAUAAAAGGCAUUUUCAAAAGCACCAAUCCUUAACGGAUCAAACUGUACACGAAAGACAAUCACCAUGUCGGCAUUCGGCGGCAAAUCCUUUGUACCGAAUAAUGGGUCGAUGGUGAACCAGAAACCGUUUGGAUUUACUGAUAAUCGUGACAAGCGAAGGGAGAAUACCCAAGGUAAUAAUAACAGUGGGAACCGUCCCACCAGGCAAAAGAAUACUAAGAAGACUAAUCAGAACCAGAAGGAUAAACAAAGUCAAGGUGCCAACGGACAUCGUCCUAAUAGAAGAAAACAGAACGAUUCGAUUAAAGACAAUAAUAAUCACGAAUCUGAAUACGAGGACGUGCUACCAGAAGCUAAAGUAAUACCGAGAAUGAACAUGAAGCUUCAAAACUACACCGAGGAUGAGACCAUUGUACCUCGUGAAUUGCCCAAAUAUCUUCAGACUCAGACAAGAAUUAUUGAACCCCUUUUCUUCCAACAAGAUCCAUGGGAUAAAAACAACCAGGAGAUCAUGAAGCAAAUGGAAGCCAACAAUAAGGGCUCUGAUUUCCAAGGAUUGUACGAAGAAUUCCAAAAAAUGAGAGAGACAGAGAGGAAGAAAAUGGAGGAUUUGGGGUUAGUUGAUGCUGAAAAUAUCCGGAAGGAUCUUAACGAUGCUAUUGUAUUCCAGGGGACGUGUUUGGAUAUGUGUCCAACUUUUGAAAGAGUUAGAAGGCAGUUGGAAAAUAACGUGAAAAGAUUAGAAAAGGAUCCGGCCACAGACAAGAUAUCAACCGACAAGGCCGUCAAGGCUUUUUCACGUCCUGCUGCUGGUCAACCGCCUCCUUUGCCAUCUGAAGUUCGUCCUCCUUUUGUAUUGAUGAAAACACUUGAUUAUUUGAUAACUAAUAUUGUUCCCAAACUACCUGAUGCUCAUUCUUUUGUGUGGGACAGGACCAGAUCAAUUAGACAAGACUUCACUUAUCAAAACUAUUAUGGACCAGAGGCAAUCGACUGUAAUGAACGAAUCGUCAGAAUUCACUUGAUUUCUUUACAUAUCAUGGCAGGGAAUGAAGUAGAAUAUUCACAACAACAAGAACUAGAACAAUUUAACAAGGCAUUACAAACAUUGAUGGAGAUAUACCAGGAUGUUAGAAAUAGAGGGGGACUUUGUCCAAAUGAACCAGAAUUCCGGGCUUACUAUUUAUUGAGUCACUUGAGAGAAAGUGAAGUUGAACGGGAGAUUCAAAACCUACCUGAUUACAUAUUAUACAAUGAUUUGGUGCAACUUGCUAUCAAAUUUAGAUCGUUAUCUUCACAAAAUAACAUAGUUGAGAGAGGAUUCAAAAAUGGCGUUGGAAGUUUGAAUUUAUUUGUGGAAUUCUUCAGGUUAGUGUACAAGGAAACCACUCCAUUCUUAAUGGCUUGUUUGCUUGAAACACAAUUUAACGAAAUCAGAUUUUAUGCGUUAAAGUCUAUGACAAGAGGUUACCAUACAAAAGGUAAAGCUUACGACGGAGACACAUUGAGGGCGAUGUUGGGGUUCGACACAGUGGAACAGAUGAUAAAAUUUAUCGAAUACUAUGAUAUUGAUGUUAUAAAUGACCAUGAUGUUAUACUAAUUGACUUGGUCAAUAAAGAAAAACUAGAAAAAAAAUACAAAAUAAAUUCGUUGAGUGAAAAGCCCAAGCUUUCACAAGCAUUUUCAAAACAGAUUGAUAAAAAGAUCAAUAGAAAUCUAGCAGAAUUCAUUAACUGUGGAAAGUCUAAUGAAAAUUUGGACUUGAAUGAGGAUGUUAAAGCCGGAUCAUUUGCCGAUUUUAUGAAUAAACCAUCCAAUGGUGGAUUUGGAGCUCAGCUGCCUGCAAUAUCAGGGUUCGCUAGCUCGGCCAGCGUUUUUGAAGAGAAGCAACCUGCUGCAAUUCACGUCACGAUGCCUACUAACAAUUACCAGGGACAACCUCCAUCAUUUGGAGGGCAAGCGAAGACUUCAAUGGAACUCAACAAAGUAGAUUCAACCAAAGUUUCAGCACCAAAUACCUUCCAAUUCAAUAUAUCCGAACCUCCUAAACGAGAUUCAAAGGUUCCUCUUGUCGAUGAAAAACCCAAAGUGUCAUUCAACUUCGGACAACAAAACCAGGAAUCAAAAGCUAGUGUUACCAGAAAACCCGAUCAAGAACCUCUGAUCUCAAAGCUGUUCAGUUUAGAGCCCCCUACUGAGACUGGAAGCCAAUUUCUGAAUACUCAAGUAGCUGCACCGGUAAAAAAUCCACCCACACCAGCUGCUGUACAAGUCCACAACAAACUUAGAGAUAGUGCAAAAUUCGAUGAAGCUACCAAACAUAUUAUGAAUCUGAUAGUCUCACAGACUGUAACUGAAGAAUUGAACAAAUAUCUUCCUAAACUCAUUAGACACCAAAAUCAGCAACGAGAGAGGUCGAGAGUCAUUAACUCGUUAAGUAAGGAGCUUUACGAAGCAUUUUUGAAUGAAAUUGUCUUCAAAAUGGCAACCGAAGUCAAAGCAGAAGCAUUCUUUAUUAAGAACAUCAAGAUUACCUAUAUAAAGAAGUUAAAAGAGGUCGGAAACAGACUAAGAGUGAAACAAAUGAUAAUACAAAAGAGGCGGAAUGAGUUGAACGGGAUCAAGUUUGGCAGUCGCUCCCAAGAUAAUUUGAAAAGACAGUUAUCCAAUUCCUCCAUCGCAUCAAGUGCCAAGAGAAGACAAGUGUGGAAUGAAACUACCAUUGACGAAAUUGUUGACAAGAGGAAUGAAAUUGAAAAGUUAUGGGAACCAGUUAACUUCAAGAAGUUUAUUGAACGGUUAAGUGCCAACUUGAAAAUCAAGAUUGAAGUAGACCAUAUUGACUUGAAGUUCUUGAUAGUUGUUGAAAAUUUCAAGAUCAAUUAUUCCAAGUGGUUGGUUAACAAAUUAAGUUUAAAAGCGAAUCGGCAAAAAGCCAUUUAUGAAAACCACAUCAAGAACGACAAAAUAAAUCUAGUUUUGGAGAGUUUACCCAGGAAGGAACACUUGAACAAAGAGUUUUUCCAAAACACGUCCUUCAUUCUUUUCGAGUGUGGAUUGUUGCAGGAGUCUGAUAAAUUCUUGAAUGUCGAAGAAAAGUUGAGUCGAGAUGGUCUCAUAUUGAAAAAGAUUUUGGAUCUCGUCAACAAGUAUGGUGAAUACAAAGUACAAGUGUUGAUCAUGUACUGGGACAUCAGCCACUCUGAAUUGAACAAGGAAACCAUACAGUUUCACCUAGGUAUGGAAAAGCUCAAGUACAGCGUUGUUUCGAACGUCAUUGUUUGUGACAUGAGUGAAACGAAUAUCAAUGAAAUUUUGACGGAAGGAAUCGACAAUAUCGCUAACAACUUCAAUGGAGAAUUCAGUAAGAGAGGAGAAAGAAAGAGAAAUGUUCCAGAGUUCAAGAACCCUGGAAAGGAUAUCCACGUCAACAAUGACAAAUUCAAGAUGAGUGAAAUCAAGAUGAUUAAUAAGGCCAAGUUGGACAAGAAAUACGCUUAUUUAAACAAGCAUUCAAUUAUCAAUCAACUGUUGAUCAAUCGGUCCAUUAAUACCAACCAACUGUUGAUCAACCGGUCCAUUAACAAUCAGCUGUUUUCAGCAGCGUCCAAUAUUCUAGAUACAAGCAAUAUAACCCAAGUUGGAAACCAUUCAAACAUGUCAAUUCUCGGUGGGUUCGGCCAGGAAAUUAUCGAAGAGAGCACGCCUUUUGGUACUCCUAAGAAGUUCGUCAGACCACACGGAAAGGUUUUACCAAAGAACCUACAACAAUUGAUCGACUUGACAACUAAAGUCAAGUCCAAGUACAAAGCAUAGAACCAUACGCAUACAAUAAUGUAUUUGCAGCAGCUAUAUAAUAUAUAAUUUUUUUCAUAAGAAAUCAAUAGCAAGCAUCUUUAAGGCAUGAAAUUGAAAUGAAGGACUUUUGAGUCAUGAUAUGCUGAUGCUAAAGGGUACGUUUGGGUCAUAAUGCAAGAAAGUGAAAUCGAACGUUUCAAUGAACAGCUGCUGAAUUGAUUAACCAUUUAUAGUAAUUCGACUUGAUGUAGUUGGAGUCCAUGUUGGACGACACUUCUAUAUCUUUUAAGGUGUCAAGAAUAAUGUUGUUAUUUAGAUGCAAGUUGUAAUGAACACAUGCGGUGGUUGACUGACAGACCGGACAUUCAUACAUCAAAGAGUAUUGUGCUGGUCUUUCAGGUUGAGCAUCUUCUGGUUCGCUAUCAGAUUCAAAGUGGAAAUUUUCUUCCCAGUCUUGAAUUCGGCAUUCCUCACUGCAGUAGAUGGAGCCAGGUAUGCACUGUUUACCAUGAGAUGAGCAGUAGUCUUCAAACAUAGUUGUAAGGUGAAAGUAAAAAAAUGUAUAGAAAAAAAAGUUGGGGAGGAGUAGCCGCCUUUAUACCUAUUUGUAGAGAAUUGUGGGUGAGAUCAGUAAGUCCUAAAAAAGGAGGGGUGAUGAGGUGUGUAUCACGUAACACACGGCGGGUGAAAUACCAGGGUUAUAUCGGACACAGUUAUUUUGUACCUCGUGUUGUGAUGGGUCUUAACUACUAUUCACCUUUAGUGGUUAUGGUAGUAUCCCAAUCGAACAACUAAAGUGGUUACUGCCUUGUCUUCGAAAUUUCCACAGUUUUUCGCAAAAAGAUAAUUUCUGCUAAUCGGUUAUUCUGCGUGUGGUCAAAAAUACCCAACCCGAGUUAUCCAGGGUUGCUCAUCGUGGUUCGGAAAUGGUUAUUCGUGUCCAAUAUCAGACAAUUGUUUUUGUGGGGUA